GGCAAGAGGAUCUCUCACAGUGCGCAGAAGGAAAAUGAGCUCCACAGAAGACCUUGACUAUCCUCAGCUCUUAUUUCAAUACAACAAUGGGUUUUUAGUCUCAAAGAUUAUGUUUACUGCCUGUGAAUUGGGAGUGUUUGAUCUAUUGCUGGAGUCAGAAGGGCCCCUGUCUUCAGAUGCCAUUGCUGAACGUUUGGGCACCAGCGCCAGCGGAAUGGAACGGUUGCUUGAUGCCUGUGUGGGAUUAAAGCUCCUGGGAGUCGAAAUGAAAAGUGAAGGAGCCUUUUACAGGAACACAGAGCUUUCCAACCUCUACCUUACAAAAUCAAGUCCCAAGUCUCAGUAUCAUAAUUUGAUGUACUACUCCAAAACUGUCUAUUUGUGCUGGCACUACCUGACAGAUGCUGUGAGAGAUGGGAAAAACCAGUAUGAGCGAGCAUUUGGCGUUUCAUCAAAAGACCUCUUUGAGGCUCUCUACAGAUCAGAAGAAGAGAUGAUCAAAUUCAUGUAUGGUUUAAAUGCAAUUUGGAGUAUAUGUGGCAGAGAUGUGAUUGGUGCAUUUGACCUUUCACCUUUCACCGUCAUUUACGAUCUGGGAGGAUGUGCAGGUGGUUUGGCCCAGGAAUGUAUUUCUUUGUACCCAAAUUCUACAGUCACAAUUUAUGACCUACCUAAAGUAGUGCAAGUGGCAAAGGAGCGUUUUGUACCCCCAGAAGAACGUCGGAUCACUUUCCAUGAAGGAGAUUUUUUUAAAGAUCCAAUACCAGAAGCUGACCUGUACAUUCUGGCGAGGGUCCUGCAUGACUGGGCAGAUGACAAGUGUAUGCAGCUACUAGCAAAAAUCCACAAGGCUUGCAAGCCUGGGGGAGGAGUGCUGCUGGUUGAAACACUUUUGAAUGAAGACAAAACUGGGCCUUUGGAAACCCAGCUUUACUCUAUGAACAUGUUGGUUCAAGCUGAAGGAAAAGAACGAACGCCAGCCGAGUACAGCAAGCUCCUCGCUGCAGCUGGUUUCAGAGAGAUUCAGGUCAAGAAAACAGGAAAGCUCUAUGAUGCCAUUUUAGGAAGAAAAUAAUUCUGUCUCUUCUUUCUUGCCUAUUGCUAGAUGUGUAAAUGCAGUGAAGUGACCAGCUUUUACUAGACUGCAGCAGUGAACCCUGCUCAUAGUUAACCUUGUCACUUUGUUUGUACAACAAUACACUGCUAGAACAUUCAUUCAUUAUGUAUGUUGAGCCUACAGGGAUUGACAGUGCCAGCUUGAAUGUGAUUCCUGUUUGGUUCUGGACUCUAACUGUGGGAAUAAAGUAAUUAACACAUGUUUAACAAGAAAUAGCAUGUGAAAGCAACACUAUGGAAAGCUUAUACUCUUUGCAUUAUACAUUUUUUCUAUUCUGUCAGACUUUGUACUUUCCUCACUUUUUGCAUAUUUAACAUAAUG